AUAUGGACUCCCAGGGGUACAACUGCUUUGUGGACAGAGACAAAAUGAACACUGCCAUCCAGGACCUGGGACCCAAGGAACUGAGCUGCACAGAGCUGCAAGAGCUGAAGCAGCUGGCACGCCAAGGUUAUUGGGCCCAAAGCCACACUCUGCGUGGGAAGGUGUACCAGCGCCUGAUCCGGGACAUUCCUUGCCGUACCGUCACGCCCGAUGCCAGUGUGUACAGUGACAUUGUGGGCAAGAUCGUGGGUAAGCACAGCAGCAGCAGCCUGCCCUUGCCUGAGUUUGUGGACAACACACAGGUGCCCAGCUACUGCCUAAACACACGGGGUGAGGGUGCUGUUCGGAAGAUUCUGCUGUGCAUUGCCAACCAGUUCCCUGACAUCUCCUUCUGCCCUGCCCUGCCUGCAGUCGUAGCCCUGCUGCUGCACUACAGCAUUGAUGAGGCUGAGUGCUUUGAAAAGGCCUGCCGCAUCUUGGCCUGCAAUGACCCCAGCAAGAAGCUGAUUGACCAGAGCUUUCUGGCCUUCGAGUCUUCCUGCAUGACAUUUGGAGACCUGGUGAACAAGUACUGCCAGGCAGCUCACAAGCUGAUGGUAGCUGUGUCAGAGGAUGUCCUGCAGGUCUACGCAGACUGGCAGCGCUGGCUAUUUGGGGAACUGCCCCUUAACUACUUUGCUCGUGUCUUUGAUGUCUUCCUGGUGGAAGGUUACAAGGUGUUGUACCGCGUUGCACUGGCAAUCCUGAAGUUCUUUCACAAGGUGAGAGCUGGGCAGCCGCUCGAGUCAGAUAAUGUGAAGCAAGACAUCCGUACCUUCGUCAAGGACAUUGCCAAGACAGUGUCCCCAGAAAAGCUGCUGGAGAAAGCAUUUGCCAUCCGCCUCUUCUCUCGGAAGGAGAUUCAGCUCCUGCAGAUGGCCAAUGAGAAAGCUCUAAAGCAGAAGGGCAUCACUGUCAAGCAGAAGAGUGUUUCACUUUCUAAAAGGCAGUUUGUGCACCUGGCUGUACAUGCGGAAAACUUCCACUCAGAGAUUGUCAGUGUGAAGGAGAUGAGAGACAUCUGGUCGUGGAUCCCUGAGCGGUUCGCCCUCUGUCAGCCCCUCCUGCUCUUCUCCUCACUGCAGCAUGGGUACAGCCUGAGCAGGUUGUAUUUCCAGUGCGAAGGACACGAGCCCACCCUCCUGCUCAUUAAGACCACACAAAAGGAGGUGUGUGGAGCUUACCUGUCAACAGACUGGAGUGAGAGAAAUAAGUUUGGAGGCAAACUGGGCUUCUUUGGGACCGGAGAAUGCUUUGUGUUUAGGUUGCAGCCAGAAGUCCAGCGCUAUGAAUGGGUGGUCAUCAAACACCCAGAGCUGACUAAGCCAGUGUCCUUGGAGGCCACUGCCACUUCGUCCCACCCCUCCCAGUCAUCCUUGUCCUCAUCCUCAAACCCUGCUGACCGCCUCUCACCGUUCCUGGCCACUCGGCACUUCAACCUGCCCUCCAAGACUGAGUCCAUGUUCAUGGCUGGGGGCAAUGACUGCCUCAUCAUAGGUGGAGGGGGCGGCCAGGCUCUCUAUAUCGACGGGGACCUGAACCGGGGCCGCACGGGCCACUGCGACACUUUCAACAACCAGCCCCUCUGCUGUGAGAACUUCCUCAUCGCUGCUGUGGAGGCCUGGGGCUUCCAGGACCCUGACACCCAGUGACAGGCCUGUGCUGAUGGGGACUGAGCUGCUGCUGUGGGAUGGGGUGGUGGGGCGGUGGCCGGGCCCUCUCUUCAGGGAGGAGUCAGUGAGUGAAGAUCUCACCACAUGCAUGGGCAGUGUUGGGGUACAGCAGGGGCUCUGAUGGUGGGCUGGGCAGGGUGCCAGGGCCUCAGCUGGCCAAGCCUAUUCCUCUGGACCCUGGUAGGGCCGCUUAGACUUGCCACUGCCUCCACCUUGGACUCAUGCCCUGGCUCUCUCUGGCCCAUGCUGUGCCCGAGGCUUGGGAGGGACUACUCUUACAGCCCCUGCAAAUUCCUUGGUAGUGGAGACAACUGGAACGCCAGCAGGAACCCCGCCAAAUGUGGGUGUAUAGCACCCCCUGCUGGCUUCUGUGCAGGCCCCUGCAGCCUCCUGCCUGGCUGGCUGCUCUAGCUCCCCAGUUGCAUUUUUUGUGCUGAGAAGAGACAGGUGCCCUGGGGACUAUUUCUUGGCAGGAGCGUCUGCCUGAGGACUCUAACCCAUGCUGGCCUCCAGGGGCUGCCUCUAGUACAGUUAACUACAAGGUGAAAGAGUUUGGGAAAAGCGGGACCUAUGCUGAACUAUGGGCUCCUCCCAAGGGAGGGCCAAGGGCCAGUGGGAUGAAGGGCUAGAGGGGACAUCAUAUGUCCUUGUGUUUCUGCACAGCCUGAAGCUUCUGCUGGGCCUCGUUGUGUAUUUACACCUGGAGAGGCCUCCCAGCAUGGCCAGGGGAGGGCCCUCUGACCUCAAACCAGCCGGCUCCAUUUCCAGGGGCCUGCCUGGAGAAGCCUGGGCCUACAGAGCCUUCUCCAAACCUCCUCCUCUCCAGCCAGCGCCUCCUUAGCUCUCCUACAGUCUUUGUGGUGGCCCCAUUUCUCCUUCAUGUCACUGCGAUGUCCUGGUUCCCUGGAUCACAUCCAGACUCUUCAGCGUGUUGUGUUUGUCUUAUCUAGUCCUACCCACCUCUGCUUCAUUGGGGCUCACAAGUUCACGUACUAGGUCUGCACUCUCCCUAGGUCCCUGCCCACAUGGCACUUUCACACAAGCCCCUUUGCAUCCCUCUCACAGCACUGUAGUCAGCUGCUUAGCAUGGUUUUUUUGUGCUGCCACCUCUUCCCUUCUGCCCUGUCCUCCCUAACUUUGCAGUGGACUCAUGCAUAGUAGGUGCCAAGUAAAGAUUAGGCGGGAAAAGCCCUCCUACCCUAUGACCUCCCUCAGCUGGUCCUGAAGGCCUGGGCACCCAGGAGGGAAGAGAGGAAAAGCAGGCACCCAAGUGGCUGUGCUGCGGCAGUCUGACCAAGGGUUACUGCCCUUCAGCCAGCCCCCUCAGUGUCCUUGCAUACCACACCCUACCCAGCUGCACACCCGGCUUGCUCUUCCUAUGGAGUAUUCGUCCUCUUUACAUCCACCUACUCAAAUCUCCUCUGAACCAGACUGCAGCGGGGCUGAAGAAAGGACCAGGAAACUUGCGCGGCUUUGGGCAAGCUGGUGAACCUAUCUGGAACUCAGUUUCCCCAACUGUAAAAUGGGGCCAGUCAUCCCCCUCUGCUGUCCCCCAGGACUGUUGAAAGGCUGUGAAGGAAAAAGGUGGUGGGCGGCGGUGUUCACCCACCAAAUAGCAUUGUUUACCCACCACCCAAGAUCAUUACAGCCAUCGCCACUCCCCUUUACUCUGAGCCCCUGCAGAUCUCACCUGUAUUUUGGUGUUCAUUAAACAUGGUCUUAUUA